AUGUCGAGCUACUCCUCUGUCAACGUCCAAAAUGGGGCAAGUGAGAAGGCUAUCGAGACUAUCAAGCCCGAGACUUCUCUAGACAGAUCGGAAAUUGUCAGUCUGAACGCUCCAAAGCUGCCAACGCCGAGACCACUUCCCUAUGCUGCAACAUCAUUGCCCAUCGGGGCUUUCUCGACGACGCUAACAACUCUCUCUCUGAGUUUGAUGGAAUGGAGAGGAGUUACAACAACCAAUGUCUACAUCGCAAACUUCUUCUUUCUCGCAGCGAUUGGCAUGCUCAUAUCGGCUCAGUGGGAGUUGACUGGAGGCAAUGGCUUUGGGUACAGCGUGUUCAGCUCUUUCGGGCUUUUCUAUGCCGGAUAUGGCGCAAUUCUGACCCCUUCCUUCGGAGUCUCUGCUGCGUAUGGCGACGACACGACUCAGCUAAACAACGCUCUGGGUCUCUUCAUGAUCAGCAAGUCCUCAAUUCCACUACUUCCAUAA